CAUGAAUGUCCUGUUUAUAGUCGUGGAUGAUCUGCGUCCUGUGUUGGGCUGUUACGGAGAUAAGCUUGUGAAAUCUCCAAACAUUGAUCAACUUGCUUCUCGAAGUAUUGUGUUCAGCAAUGCAUACGCACAGCAAGCCGUGUGUGCUCCCAGCAGAGUGUCAUUUCUUACUGGACGCAGACCUGAUACUACCCGGCUGUAUGAUUUCUAUUCCUACUGGAGAGUACAUGCAGGAAACUAUUCCACCUUGCCCCAGUAUUUCAAGGAGAAUAACUACAUGACCCUGUCUGUGGGGAAGGUGUUUCAUCCUGGGGUUUCAUCCAAUUACAGUGAUGACUAUCCAUACAGUUGGUCCAUUCCUCCCUUUCAUCCUUCAACUGAAAAGUAUGAAAACGACAAGACUUGUAGGGGAAAAGAUGGAAGACUUUAUGCUAACUUGGUGUGCCCAGUGGAUGUGACAGAAAUGCCUGGUAGUACUCUGCCUGAUAUUCAGAGCACCGAAGAGGCCAUACGUUUACUGAAUGUUAUGAAAACCAACAAGCAGAAAUUCUUCCUGGCUGUCGGUUACCACAAACCUCAUAUCCCACUGAGGUACCCACAGGAAUUUCUCAAGUUGUACCCUUUGGAAAACAUCACAUUAGCCCCAGAUCCCUGGGUGCCUGAGAAGCUUCCUUCUGUGGCAUACAACCCCUGGACAGAUAUCAGGCAGAGGGAUGAUGUGAAGGCGUUAAAUGUUAGUUUCCCUUAUGGACCACUUCCAGAUGAGUUCCAGCGGCAGAUUCGUCAGAGCUAUUAUGCAGCAGUUUCUUACCUGGAUGUGCAAGUUGGCCUGCUCUUGAAUGCUUUGGAUGAUGUGGGAUUCUCAAACAGCACAAUAGUGGUUUUUACUGCUGAUCAUGGAUGGUCCCUGGGAGAACAUGGGGAAUGGGCAAAAUACAGCAAUUUUGAUGUUGCCACCCGUGUGCCGCUGAUGUUUUAUGUACCAGGAAUGACAACUUCCUCUGUUAGUCAAGGAGAGAGGGUCUUCCCCUACCUUGACCCUUUUAGCCGUACUUCAGGCUUCAUACCUCAAGGGCAAAGCAAAAAAGUGGUCGAGCUUGUGUCUCUGUUUGCAACGCUUGCUGACCUUGCUGGCCUGCAAGUUCCUCCUCUGUGCCCGGAGACUUCAUUUCAUGUUGCGCUGUGCACUGAGGGGCCAAGCAUUGUCCCAUAUUUUGAUGCCUCUGAAGAGAAGGUGGAGGAAGAGAAGUACGGGUGUGAUGACACUUACAGGUGUUUUAAUGAAGAACUUGUUGCUUUCAGCCAAUAUCCCCGGCCUGCAGACGCUCCUCAGUGGAACUCUGACAAGCCAAAGCUGAAAGACAUCAGAAUCAUGGGCUAUUCCAUGCGUACAAGCGACUACAGGUACACUGCGUGGGUUGGGUUUAAUCCUAACAACUUCAGUGCUGACUUUGAGGAUGUCCAUGCAGGAGAGUUGUACAUGGCAGCGACAGAUCCAAACCAGGAUUAUAACAUCUAUAACAGCACUUCACAUGGUUGGUUGGUCAAAAAGAUCCUUAGCUUCCUGAAGCACUAGCGUUCAGAAGCUUGUUGUGUCUUCUUGUAACUGAAGUAACACUUCCGUUUUUGUAUAAAACCUUUGUUGUACAGAAAACACUCGGGUUGAAUUAAAAUCCUGUUUGU